CCCUCCUUUACCAUUAUAGUGAGCCAAGACCAAGACUACAUCUCCCACAAGUCAGUGCGCUGGCUAAGAAAAAGGGUCCAGAAUAGCAGAAAAGCAUACUGGAAUUAUUUGCUCCAGGAAGGAGGCGCUUGUUGACUUUCACUUUCUUUUCCCCAGAAGAUUUAUUGGAGGGCUCCAAGAUGCCGCACAUUGAUAACGACAUUAAGUUAGACUUCAAGGAUGUCCUCCUCCGGCCCAAACGGAGCACCCUCAAAUCCCGCAGCGAGGUGGAUCUCAUGAGGUCCUUCACGUUCCGCAACUCCAAGCAGACGUACACAGGGAUCCCCAUCAUCGCCGCCAACAUGGACACCGUGGGCACUUUUGAGAUGGCCAAAGUUCUGUGCAAGUUCUCUCUCUUCACCGCCAUCCACAAACACUAUAGUCUGGAUGAGUGGAAGGAGUUUGCAGCUGAGAACCCAGAUUGCCUGCAGAACGUGGCGGCCAGUUCGGGCACCGGCUCCAUGGACUUUGAGCUGCUGGAGCAGAUCCUGGAGAGCGUGCCUCAGGUGCGCUACAUCUGCCUGGAUGUGGCCAACGGCUACUCAGAACACUUCGUCCAGUUCUUGAGGGAUGUGCGCAGGCGGUUUCCGGAUCACACCAUCAUGGCUGGGAAUGUGGUGACUGGGGAGAUGGUGGAGGAGCUUGUCUUGUCAGGAGCCGACAUCAUCAAAGUGGGGAUUGGACCAGGCUCGGUUUGUACCACGCGGAAGAAGACCGGAGUGGGCUACCCGCAGCUGAGUGCGGUCAUGGAGUGUGCUGAUGCUGCGCACGGCCUCAAUGGGCACAUCAUCUCGGACGGAGGCUGCAGCUGCCCAGGGGACGUGGCAAAGGCGUUUGGUGCCGGUGCAGACUUUGUCAUGCUGGGCGGGAUGCUGGCCGGGCACACGGAGUCUGGUGGAGACCUCAUCGAGAAAGGAGGCAAGCAAUACAAGCUGUUCUACGGCAUGAGCUCGGAAGUCUCCAUGAAGAAGUACGCCGGAGGUGUUGCCGAAUAUCGGGCCUCGGAAGGGAAGGUGGUGGAGGUGCCCUUCAAGGGCGACGUGGAGCACACCUUGAGGGACGUCCUGGGGGGCAUCCGCUCCACCUGCACCUACGUGGGGGCCGCCAAGCUGAAGGAGCUCAGCCGCAGGACCACCUUCAUCCGGGUCACCCAGCAAGCCAACCCCAUCUUCAGGGAUUCGGACCAGCCCUGAGCCUCCCUCUCCUUUCCUCCCGGUGAAAAGAUUGGACUUGUAGUAGUGGAGAGUACAAUAUAAGAUUGACCUGUUUGUCCAGACCAUACAUGGCCAAAACUAUUCCUCUGCAGUUAAUUCUUUAGGAUGCAGAUUCCCAAGAAUUCUGGGAGCUGUCAUUUCCAACCCUUUACAGCAAAUGUUUUUUGGUCUCUCCAAAUCAGUAGUUCUCUACAAUUGACCAUGCCGAUGUUUUGGAAUAUCAAUUCCCAAAGCAUCUAGGCUAGGCAUGGGCCAACUUGGUCCCUCCAGGUGUUUUGGACUCCAACUCCCACCAUUCCUAACAGCCUCAGGCCCCUUCCUUUUCCCCCUCAGCC